AUGAAAGGGCGAGGGAAAAGGAGCUUGGAAGGUGGCGAUGAAGAAGAGCAGCAGGAGUCGGAUCGAAAGAGACCGGCUUUAGCGAGCGUUAUUGUGGAAGCUCUAAAGGUGGAUAGUCUCCAGAAGCUUUGCUCAUCUUUGGAACCAAUUCUCCGGAGAGUGGUUAGUGAAGAAGUUGAACGAGCUUUGGCUAAGCUGGGCCCUGCGAGACUUGAAGGAAGGUCAUCAUCACCUAAACGAAUUGAAGGUCCGGACGGGAGAAACUUGCAGCUCCACUUUAGGUCUAGGCUUUCUCUUCCACUUUUUACUGGAGGGAAAGUAGAGGGUGAACAAGGUGCCGCUAUUCACGUUGUGCUAAUAGAUGCUAACACGGGCCAUGUUGUAACAUCUGGUUCCGAAUCCUCUGUGAAGCUGGAUGUCAUUGUGCUGGAAGGAGAUUUUAACAAUGAGGAUGGUGAGGGCUGGAGUCAGGAGGAAUUCGAGAGCCACAUUGUUAAAGAACGCGAAGGAAAGAGGCCUCUUUUGACUGGGGAUUUGCAAAUUACCCUGAAAGAAGGUGUUGGCACUCUUGGUGAUCUAACCUUUACGGAUAAUUCGAGCUGGAUAAGGAGCAGGAAGUUCAGACUUGGUCUGAAAGUUGCGUCAGGAUAUUGUGAGGGAAUACGCAUUCGGGAAGCGAAAACAGAAGCUUUCACUGUCAAAGAUCACCGUGGGGAAUUGUACAAGAAACACUAUCCACCCGCUCUGAAUGAUGAAGUAUGGAGAUUGGAGAAGAUCGGGAAGGAUGGAUCAUUCCAUAAGAGGCUCAACAAUUCAGGGAUAUAUACCGUUGAGGACUUCCUGCGGUUUGUGGUCAGGGACCCUCAGAAAUUGAGGAGUAUCCUUGGAAGCGGUAUGUCGAAUAAGAUGUGGGAUGCUCUCAUCGAACAUGCCAAGACUUGUGUUUUGAGUGGGAAGCUUUAUAUCUAUUACCCAGAUGAUACAAGAAAUGUUGGUGUUGUUUUUAACAAUAUCUAUGAGCUGAGUGGCCUCAUAGCUAAUGAUCAGUACUAUCCAGCAGAUUCACUCUCUGACAGUCAGAAGGUUUAUGUGGAUGCCUGGGUAAAGAAAGCAUAUGAAAAUUGGAAUCAAGUUGUGGAGUAUGAUGGAAAGUCUCUGACCCACCUCAUAAACCCCAGUUCACGCACGCAGUUCGAACUCGACUCUUUAACCCACCCCCACCCGACAUAUGACAAACUAGGAGUGUUUGACGAUUGGGGUGGCAGCCGCAACAAGGGGAUCAGCAACGACGAGUUUUUAUCCGAGGAAGAGAUCCGCAUGAGGAGCCAUGAGAUGCUGGAGAAUGAUGACAUGCAGCAUUUGCUUCGGCUUUUCAGCAUGGGUGGGGCACACACCUCCAUCAACGGACCCGAAGAAGGUGGGUUUGGAUUUCCUUCUUAUGUGCCCUCUCCUAUGCCUGGAUUCAAUUAUGGGGAGGACCGAACGCGUUCGGGCCGGGCUGUUGCUGGUUGGCUGAAAAUCAAGGCUGCCAUGAGGUGGGGCAUAUUUAUUAGGAAGAAGGCAGCUGAGAGGAGGGCCCGUAUUGUGGAGCUCGAGGAUGAGUAG